GUUUUAAAUGCUUUUCUUAUAAGAACAAGUCGGUUAUUUUUUAAAAAUCCUUUAUAAAAGAAACAGCAAAAUCUGAGUGCUCUUAUUUCUCCAGUCUUUUCGGUCUGAUUUGUCUAACUUUGUUCUUAAUAUUAAGAACACGACAAUGUAUUUUCUUAAAUGUUUUCAAAAUUCUUUACGCGUUUAUAAUAUGAAAAUUGGGUGUUUUGUUGCUGGCACAUGGAUGCUCAUAUUACAUGAGUGUUUUUUGCAGUUAUUUUAGUUGGGAGAAGAAACUUACGCAAAAAACCCCACAAAAAUUGGUAGCUUGUGAGAGAACUGCAAAAGAAUUCGCAUCCUGGAUUGUUCUUAUUUUAUGGCAAAACUUUAUAGAAAACAACGAGGACGCUGUUCUUUUUUUACUUUUCUCGGAAUUAUAUCCUAAGGUAACUGUCUCAGUCAUCUGUCAAGCUUUACACUCAUUGACUAAUAUAGAUCACUUUUCAGCGUCCAAAGAAAAUAUUAAUCUCUGAAAUCAUGCAAAGAACUAUAAAACGGUGUCCUCGUCGUAUCGCCCCCCCUCUUGGCCGCGUUGCGAGGAGAACACCACACCCACAAUCUCAUACCCAUGGCUUUUAGGCUUUUUGCAUGUAGUAAAAAACCUAAAAAGCCCUGGGCACACCAAAUUUACCCGCUUCCUAGCUAUCGGUUGCCGGAGCCAUGUCAAUAGAAAACGAAAGUAAACAUGGUGAGCAAAGCAGCACGUUCAUUAGAAAAAAUGAAAAAUAGUGACCCUAAAGAGAGAAUAGAUAGAGAAAUGAUAUCAUAGUUUAAGGAGUAUAUCAUAGUUGAUAGUAGGUUAUUUCUUUCCAUUUAACACAAGGUUAAAGUCUAAAAUGUAGCAGAACUUUUUCUGGUGUAAUGUGGUUUGGAAAGUUUUGAUUUUACCAGCAGGAAGGAUUUUGUGUGGGUUGUUAGGUUCAUCAUUAUAUGAACUCCCCUUCAGUUGCUUCCAAAAUGAACUAUGAAAGUGCUUUUUAGGUGUUUUAAGGUCCUAUUUGAAUUACAGAAAACGGUGACAUAUUUAGCUUAGGUCCUCGAUAUGAGGCAAAAAUUAAACUCACAAUAUCUUUUUAAAAGGACUACUUUCUGAUUUUGGAUCGAAAAAAUGUCAUGAUGAAAUUUAUCCUGAACUCACUCACUUAUAUACCCCUUAUAUAUAGAACAUAUAUAAAGCCAACAUUGCAAUUUAAUCUUAAUGUGCGCUAUGUACAUGAGGGUACCUGUAAAUAUUAUUAUUAUUACUGAAAUUAUUUACCCAGGAUAGCCUCUUCAGUUUCUAUUGGUACUGCUAUCAAUGAGGGUCCUGCAAAGGGGGUCCUAGCGCUUUUAAAGCUCCCAUUUUAGCUACGAAAGACAUGCAGGCACAGCAUUUGCUUAACUAGACAAUCGGCCAAGAUAUUAAUCCUAUUCUCAUGCUGAGCGCUAAACAGAAAGGAUAGAUUCACACUUUUAUAGUCUCUGCCAUAACUCGACCGGGGUUUAAACCCAAGACCUCCCGCACUGAAAGCGAAUGCUCUACCACAAGGCUACCAUUCGGUAAAUGUCAACAUUACUUUGUCUAUCAAUGCAUGAGCAAACAUUAUUGCUUUGACAUGGAACAUUGUAUCCUCAAAGAACUGAUAAAACGUUGAGGAAAAACAUAAUGGCAGAAAUAGUUGGGAGAGAACCACAAAGAAACCUAGUUAAAGGUUUGUUAGCAUCUUGAAAAGGUUAUGUUUGAUAUAAUUUGCUCAAUAAAUAUAUAUAAAGUCACACUACUGUUUAUUUUGGUGUCUAGGUCACCGGAAUUGAAAGCACUGUUUGCAUUUUGUGAUUAAUUCAGGUGAGUGCGGGAACAUUUAGGGAUUUUUGACAGAAAAUCGCAAAUUUUAUUUAAAUCGUAAGUUACAGGUAAAUAAGAUUAAGUGUAGCAUAAUUAUAGGAUUUUACUGAGUAAAAACAACCUUUCCUUAAACAUUAAUUUAGUUUGUUGCGUAACGCUUUAAAUGGGAAGUCACAUGAUGUUAUUUUCAGUUUUUAUCUAUUCUAUUGAAAAUGUUGUUAGGUUAACUUUUCCAAUUUAUUUUAAGUUGCACAUUAGUGAGGGUAGGAAAAGCCAGCAAUCUAGGUCAAUGUGUCUUUAUAAAACUUUCUAGUUGUUGAUAUCAUCAAGGUAUAUGAACUCCAUGAAUACAUUAAUUCUGUUUAUUGAAAGAGUAUGAACCUAUAACUUUUUAUAAGCAAUCGAUUCUCAAAUUUCAAAACAAUUUGCGCUAUUAUUGUUUUUGUUAUUCAGUUUUAUUCAGAUUUAUUUAUCAAAUAGUUAAAUGACGACAUAAAGUUAUGGCUUUCAAUGAUGUGAAGCUGGAUCCUGACGAUCCUUUUGAUAAGAUUGUGUUUAUGGAAGAAGGCUUGCAACAAGAAGGUUAUAAUGCUGGUUUUGUGAGUGGGAAGAUUGAUGGUAAACAGCAGGGACUUAAACUGGGAAUUAGUCAAGGAAAUGUAAUUGGGAGAGAAAUCGGAUUUUAUAAAGGAUUUGUGGAGACAUGGUUACUUUUGCUUGACAAUAAUAUGAAAAAGAAUCAUCAGAAAGUUCUGGAACAGUUAAAAGAACUAGUAGAUAAAUUUACUUAUGAUGAUCCAGAAAACAAUGAUACGCAUGACUUGCUUGCACAAAUUCGGACUAAGUUUAGGCAACUCUCAUCUGUUUUGAAGAUACCCACUGAAUUAAACGUAGAGCACAUUUCGUUUUAAAGAUAAAUAACAGGGAACCUGGUUAGGAUUUAUGGAUAACAACUCUGAUAUAUUGGUCUUUACUUCCACUUUAAUUCAAUUGGAGAUGAACUUACUUUAACUGGAUUUGCAUGAGAGACAUUAUUUUUUCAUGUCAAUAUUUUAACACAGCUGAAGAUUAAUGUCUGUUAAGUUUGUAAUAUCAAUUUUAUGAUGCAUGUACAAUUAUGGACAUACUUAAUUCUGUUUGUUACAAUGGUAAAUAAAAUCAACCAACCUUUA